GCCGCGGGCCGGGCCGGGCCGGGCCGGGAGCGGGGGCGCUCGCCGCCCCCCGGCCGGGCAGAGGGAGGGGCCGGCUCCCCGCUGCCCACUGGUGCCCGGCUGGGAGCGCCCGGCCCGCCGCCGCCGCCUCCAUUUUGUGCGGGAGCGCGGCGGCGCGGGGAGGGGGCGCGGGCCGCAGGGGGAGGCGCGGGCCCGCCCGCCCGGCAUGGACCAGGCCUGCGAGGUGAGCCGCCGCAGCUGCCUGGUGCCGUUCGGCAGCGCGCUGCCCCUGCCGGGCCCCGACGGCCGGCGCAGCCCGUAUGGCCCGGACCCGUCGUCCUGCUACAUCCCGCUGCGCCGGCUGCAGGACCUGGCCUCCAUGAUCAGCGCCGAGCCCGGCUCCCCGCCGCCCGCCGACGACCCGCCGCGCCCGGCCCGCGGCCCGGACGCCGCCACGCCGGGCAUGGAGCCGGGCCCCGCGGAGCCGUGGUCGGGCUCGGAGCUGGACGACUCGGAGGCGAGCGCGGGGCCCCCGGACCUGCCGGCGCUGGAGCCCCAUCGUGUGAAGAAGAAGCCCACGCCAGUGAAGUAUGACAUGGACGACCUCGUCUGGGCCAAGUUCAGCCGCCGGCCCUGGUGGCCCUGCACCAUCUGCCUCGACCCGACACUGGAUUGCCACUCGAAGAUGAAAGCGUCCAACCGGAGACCAUACCGCGAAUACUACGUCGAAGCCCUGGGGGACCCCUCGGAGAAGGCCUGGGUGGCCGGGAAAGCAAUCAUGCCUUUUGAGGGCAGACACCAGUUUGAAGAGCUGCCAGUUCUGCGGAAGAGAGGGAAGCAAAAAGAAAAAGGCUACAAGCACAAGGUGCCUCAGCGGUUCAUGGCCAAGUGGAAGGUCGGCGUCUCCCAGGCAGAAGACCUGCUCCUGCAGGGACUGGAGGAGUGGAUGCGCAGCCCGAGCCCCCGCAAGCCAGGCCGCAGGAAGGGGGCACAGCUGCAGCCACCAUGCACAAACGGCCCCAGCACGGUGCGGGGCCGGCAGCUCAAUGGCUGCUUCAGCUCCCUGGCAUUUCCCUCCAGGUACACGGGCAAUGAGAAGGGCAAGUCAGGCACCAAAUCACAAGUGAAGAAGAACUCCGAUAGCCGGAAGAGGACAAGGGUAAAAAAGACCAGAGUGCGGAUGGAGACGGUGAAGAGGGGGCUCGGGGGGCAGGCGCCCAGGAGCAUGGCCAGGAACUUGCUGGGGGGGAACCUGCCAGAGAAGCACGCGUCCCACGAGCUGCGGCGCAUCGCAAGCAGCUUGACGAUCUCCGGCGGCACCAAGGAAAACCACCUGCUGGCGUCCUUUGGGGACAGGCGCUUUGAGAAGGAGCACACAUACGGGGCCCCGAGCAGCGCCGCCCCGCGGGACUCGCGCUCCAGCCCCUCCACGGAGGGGGGCAGCCCUGGCAGCUUCUACCGUGGCUCCCAGCAGCACAGCCGUUACUCCAUGCCUGGCGCCAGGGACCUGGACAGCGACUCCGACUCGCUGACCUCCUCCUCUUCCUCCUCCUCCUCCUCCUCCUCCUCUUCCUCCUCCUCCUCCUCCUCGGAGGACGAUGGGGAUAGCGACCUGGACCUCAUGGACCAGAGCCCCGAGAGAGCCUUUGGCGCCCUGCACAUCAGCGACGAGACGCUGGAUGACGACUUUCCUGUCGGGGCCAGUGGGAGCCUGAGCCGUGCUGUGCGCCUGGCUCAGAGCAGUGGCCGGAGAGCCAGGAAACGGGCCUAUCGGGACCACCGACCCCUGCAGAGCUCCCACACCAUCAGCAUUGAGUCGGGACCCGAAGAAGGGGAGGUCGAAGAAGCCUCCUCAGACGCUGAGCCACCCACCCCUGCCCGACUGUGCCCUGCGGCUACCCGACGCGACAAUCUCCCCCCUGCAGACAAGCACACUACGCCCCUUGGCACUGGCCCUCCUGCCCGAGUGCCCAGCCAGGGGGCUGCACCGCCUCACAGCCUCCAGCUGCUGUCAGGUAGAAGCACCCUGCGCACCGCAGGGCCAGAGCCCAGCCUGGCCCGGGAGGAGAGCGGCAUGCAUCGCGGCACUGCCGACACCAAAGGUUUCCCUGGCGCCACCCUGGAACUGCUCGGCAAAGGCAGCAAGGCAGACGGCCAGCGGCUGCUGAACAACGUGCAUGAGAAGCGCCAGGAGGCAGCCGAGGUGGAGGCGGCCGUGGUGAAGCACUCACUGUCUUUCCGGUCCCUCAGCGAGGAGGCGAGUAGCGGUGGGCCCCCGAAGCCCGCCGUGCCCUCGCUUUUCACAUCUGCCUCUGGCCAUGGCCUGCCUAUCGAGCCGGACUACAAGUUCAGCACCCUGCUGAUGAUGCUGAAGGACAUGCACGACAGCAAGACCAAGGAGCAGCAGCUCAUGGCGGCUCAGAACUUGGCCUUGUAUUGUGGCGAUGGCCCCGGGAGUGGCCCGGCCAGUGCCCCAAAGCUGCUGCCUGCGCUGGGCCACCCUUUCAAGGCGGAGCGGAACGGGGAUUGUCUCCCGGAGGUGGCGCGGCAGAGCCCCAGUGCUAGUGAACCCUCCCUGUCCAGCACAGGGGCCAAGCUCCCUGGACUCGGGGCCAGCAAGAGGGAGCCAGGCGGUGCUCCAGCCUCCAGCUCCAACGGCACCAACUGCAUUGCCAGGCGCCACAGCGCUAAGCCCAAGCCGCCGUCCAAGCGAGCGGGGAGCAGAAAGGAGACGAAGCUGGACAGACCUGCCCCAGCCCUUGGGCGGUUCUCGCGGGAUGCAGCUGCCGGCGGGUCCCGCAAGCGCAGAGAGGUGCUGGGGGCAGGGACGGGUCCCCUGGGCAAGGACACGGGCAGCUCGGAAAGGAAAGGACCCCUGGGGCUGCUGGGGCACUCCACCGACGAGGACUCGGUGUGCUCCUCCGACAGCUCAGACCCCCUCCGCGGGAUGCCCGAGCUGGAGAAGAGCGUCCCGAGCUGUACGUCUGCCGAGAACAGCGAGAGCCCAGAGCUGGACUCGGAGGCCAACAGCGAGUGCUCCCUGGGUGAGGAGACCAGCGGUGCCAACCACGUGGCGCCCAAGAAGCGCUGGCAGCGUUUUAACCAAAGCAAUGCGAAAGCCAGUAAGCAAGGCCGCCGGCCUCGGGCCCCAGGGAGCUCACAGCGGGCCCUCCAGAGUCGGACUCCCAGCACCUUCCCGCUGAAGGGAAGCAAGUGCACGGUGCACAGGCCUCCUGCCCCCAGCCCAAGCGACACAGCAGGGCAGGGCUGCCAGAACCACCGGGACUCAGCCAUGCCACGGCUGACGGCACGUGACAAGCCUGACAUGGAGCCGGAUCUGGGCAGCUUUGCACCCCGGGCUGAGUUCCCUGCACAAGUCAUUUCGGAGCGGAAGCGCCUGAGGAAGCCGAGCAAGCGGCUGCUGGAGUAUGCCGAGGAGUACGACCAUAUCUUCGCGCCCAAGAAGAAGCCCAGGAAGAGCCAUGAGCCAUCACGGAAGGUGAAUGCCCUAGAGAGGUCUGAGUGUCAAGAGGAGGAAGGUCUUCCCGCACCGCGCAGCCCUGGCCGUGGCGCUCAGAGCAGGCGGCUAGAGCACAGCCCUUUCGUUUCAACUCCAUCUUCCUCUUCAACCAAAGAGUCUCCUCCGGUCCUCGAGCGAGAGCCGCCCCUCUCGGAAGAGCCCACGGAGCUGGCCAGCCGACUCGGAGAGGGGCCCGCAGAGCUGCCUGAGCUGACGCUGUCUUCCCCGGAUUUGUCGGAGAUCUCUGCUUCCCCGGAGGCAGAGGAGCGGUUCCUGAAGUCAGGGAGCUUUGAGAGCAAGCGGCAAAGGAAGCCCACGAAGAAGCUCUUGGAGUCCAAUGACCUGGACACCACGUUCAUGCCAAAGAAGGAGUGGACUCCGCCAAAGAAGGGUGCCGGCCCCUCGGAGAGUGACAGCUCGGAGCUGUAUUCACCUGCCCACUUCUCUGACCACGGCGAAGCUCCUGAGAAGCCCUCUGAGAAGCAGCGCAAGCGCAAGAGGCAACGGCACCCUUUGUCUGUGGCCCGUGGCAAGAAGGAGCGGAGCGAAGAUGGCCUGGGGGAUGCUCCCCACUCCGAGGGAGAGACUUCGGUGCACGGGGCUGCCACGAGCCCCAAGGAGGGCAUUGAGGAGGGUUUGGAGAACGACCAUGGGGUGCCAUCAUCCAAGAAGAUGCAGGGGGAGCGUGGUGGGGGAGCCGCCCUCAAGGAGAACGUCUGCCAGAUCUGCGAGAAGCCGGGUGAGCUGCUGCUGUGCGAGGCGCAGUGCUGCGGCGCGUUCCACCUGCAGUGCCUGGGGCUCUCGGAGAUGCCCAAGGGCAAGUUCAUCUGCAACGAGUGCUCCACAGGCGUCCACACCUGCUUCGUGUGCAAGAGCAGUGGGGAGGAUGUGAAGCGAUGCCUGCUGCCUCUGUGUGGGAAGUACUACCACGAGGCCUGUGUCCAGAAGUACCCUCCCGCCGUGCUGCAGAGCAAGGGCUUCCGCUGCUCGCUGCACAUCUGCAUGACCUGCUACGCUGCUAACCCCACCAACGUCUCUGCCUCCAAAGGCCGCCUGAUGCGCUGUGUGCGGUGCCCAGUGGCCUACCACUCCAAUGACUUCUGCCUUGCUGCCGGCUCCGUGGUCCUGGCCUCCAACAGCAUCAUCUGCCCCAACCACUUCACGGCGCGCCGGGGCUGCCGCAACCACGAGCACGUCAACGUCAGCUGGUGCUUCGUCUGCUCGGAAGGGGGCAGUCUGCUGUGUUGUGAAUCGUGCCCGGCUGCCUUCCACCGUGAGUGUCUGAACAUCGAGAUGCCUGAGGGCAGCUGGUACUGCAACGACUGCAAGGCGGGCAAGAAGCCGCACUACAAGGAGGUGGUCUGGGUGAAAGUCGGGCGCUACAGGUGGUGGCCAGCUGAGAUCUGCCAUCCCCGCACAAUCCCGGCCAACAUCCAGAAGAUGAAGCACGACAUUGGGGAGUUCCCGGUGCUCUUUUUCGGCUCCAAGGACUACCUGUGGACGCACCAGGCUCGCGUCUUCCCCUACAUGGAAGGCGAUGCCAGCAGCAAGGACAAAAUGGGCAAGGGGGUGGACGGCAUCUACAAGAAAGCUCUGCAGGAGGCAGCCGCACGUUUCGAGGAGCUGAAGGCGCAGAAGGAGCUGAGGCAGCUGCAGGAAGACAAGAAGAAUGACAAGAAGCCUCCUCCCUACAAGCACAUCAAGGUGAACCGGCCCGUGGGCAAGGUGCAGAUCUGCACGGCUGACCUGUCCGAGAUCCCGCGCUGCAACUGCAAGCCCACGGACGAGAACCCCUGCGGGCUGGACUCGGAGUGCAUCAACCGCAUGCUGCUGUACGAGUGCCACCCGCUGGUGUGCCCGGCUGGCGAGCGCUGCCAGAACCAGUGCUUCUCCAAGCGCCAGUACCCCGAGGUGCAGAUCUUCCGCACGCUGGCCCGCGGCUGGGGCCUCCAGGCCAAGACGGACAUCCGCAAGGGUGAGUUCGUCAACGAGUAUGUGGGGGAGCUGAUUGACGAGGAGGAGUGUCGUGCCCGCAUCCGCUACGCCCAGGAGCAUGACAUCACCAACUUCUACAUGCUGACGCUGGACAAGGAUCGAAUCAUCGACGCGGGGCCAAAGGGCAACUAUGCCCGGUUCAUGAACCACUGCUGCCAGCCCAACUGCGAGACGCAGAAGUGGUGCGUGAACGGCGACACGAGGGUCGGGCUCUUUGCCAUUGUGAAUAUCAAAGCCGGCACGGAGCUGACGUUCAACUACAACCUGGAGUGUCUGGGGAACGGGAAGACGGUUUGCAAGUGUGGGGCCCCCAACUGCAGCGGCUUCCUCGGCGUGCGGCCCAAGAGCCAGCCAAAUCCUACCGAGGAGAAGUCCAAGAAGCUGAAGCGGCGGCCGCUAAAGCGCCGGUCGCAGGCCGAGGUCAUGAAGGAGCGGGAGGACGAGUGCUUCAGCUGCGGGGACGCAGGGCAGCUGGUGUCCUGCAAGAAGCCGGGCUGCCCCAAGGUGUACCACGCCGACUGCCUCAACCUGACCAAGCGGCCUGCAGGGAAGUGGGAGUGCCCAUGGCACCAGUGCGACCAGUGUGGCAAGGAGGCGGCCUCCUUCUGCGAGAUGUGUCCACGAUCCUUCUGCAAGCAGCACCGCGAGGGCAUGCUCUUCAUCUCCAAGCUGGAUGGGCGGCUGUGCUGCACGGAGCACGACCCCUGCGGGCCCCACCCCCUGGAGCCGGGGGAGAUCCGUGAGUACGUGCCUCCGGCCGGGCCGCCACCGCCACCUGCCCGCGAGAGCGCCUCGCCACCCGCGGACACCGCCCACAGCCUCCCGCCACCCGACCGGCCGCCGCAGCCCGUGGCCGUGCGGCUGCAGCCCUCCGACAAGCCCCCAACCACGCUGGCGCUGCAGCUGCAGCCCUCUGACAAGCCCCCGGCCACGCUGGCCCUGCGGCUGCAGCCACCCAACAAGCCCACCACCACCUUCGCCGUGCGGCUGCAGCCCUCCAGCAAGCCCCCUUCCACGCUGGCGCUGCGGCUGCAGCCCUCCAGCAAGCCCCCCACCACCCUGGCGCUGCGGCUGCAGUCCUCCAACAAGCCCCCAACCACCAUCGCCCUGAGGCUGCAGCCGUCGGACAAGCCCCAGGCAGCCCUGGCGCUGCGGCUGCCGUCCGAGAAGCUGCCCGCCAUUGUGGCGCUGAGGCCACCGCCCUCGGACAAGCUGGCCAUCGCUGACACCACCCAGUGGUCUCCGUCCCCGGACGUGUCCCCAGCCAAGGCGCCACUGCAGCCCCUAGACGAGCCACCGGCCGGGGCCCCACCACCCCCACCUUGCGUGCCGCGUGAGGGAGCCCUGCAGCCUGCGCCCACGGACAGGCCUUCCAGCACCACCGCCGCAGUCCCGCGGCCGCAGCCCCCGGACGAGCUGUGCGCCCUGGCCCAGCUGUCGGACAAGCCUCUCGCUGCUGCUGGUGCCCCGCAGCUACCACCGCUCGCCGGUGAGACCCCUCCUGCACCUGGGGCCCCGCAGCCUCCGCCGGCUGACGAGCCUGCCCCCAAGGGACCCUGGGCCCCGGCCCCCGAAAAGCCUCCCAAUACCGGGACCCCGCGGCCUCUGCAGCUGGACAAGCCGCCCGCCCCGUGGCCCCCCACUUCAGACAAGCCCGCCCCAGCUGCCACCGGGGCCCUGCGGAUUCAGGCACCAGACAAGCCGGCCGCCCCCCUGGCUCCAAGGCCUCAGGUCCCAGACAAGGCGCCGGCAGCCACGGUGCCACGGCCACCGCUGUCUGAGAAGGCGCUGCGGCCCGUUGACCAGAACGCCCAGCCGCAGGAGAGGGGCGCGGAGCCGAGCGCCCAGCAGAAAGACAGAACUAUCGCGCCAGCCGAGCCGCCACCGUGGCCGCCGGGGAGAGCGGCGGCGCAUACGGGGCAGGUGCUGUGGCCCCCAGAGAAGCUGCAGAUGCACGAGCUGCCCCGCUGGCCCCCCGCGAAAGCACUGACCCCCGCGGAGCCGCCCCCGCGGGCAGCAGAGAAGCUGCAGGAGCCGCCGCCACUGCCGCCACCACCGUUGGGCUGGGACGUGGCGCCCGCGCCCCCAGAGCCGGUGCCGUGGACAGCAGAGCGGUUGCGGGCUCUGGAGCCAGCCCCACCCGAGCAGGCGUCGUGGCUGGCCCGGUCCGUGCAGACGUUCGAGCCCAUCUGGCUCUCCGGGAAAGCACAGACUCCCCGGGGGCAGGACCCUUUGCCGCUGCCCGAGCAGCACGCCUGCCGCGAUCGGCCGGAGCCCAGCCCGGAGUGAGAGGGUGGGGGGCCAGCGCCGUCUGCUUGGGGCGGGGGACGGGGUUUCUUGGCUCUUUCUGUUUUUUAUUCACUGCCCUGCGCCCAGCCCCUGGCCUGCACCCUCUCCCAUGACACAAGCCAGGACGUUGGCCCAGCCCCAGUGCACCCGGCCUGGCCGGGGGGAGAGACCGCCCUGGACCUUGUCCUCUUCCUUCCACACCAGUAAAGCUGAAAUAAAGAGUCCGCUCUGGAUAAAGCCUCUAGGUCACAUUACUGGUCAGGGUCUCCAGGGGCCAGGGCUCCCCCACCCCACCCCACCCCACCCCACGGCCCCCGGCCCGGGGCACAGCCGGCCCGCCCGGGAAGAGUAGGCUCUGUGGAAGGAGGGGCGAGGAGUGCGGUCAGCUGCCCCCGCGGGGGCUCUGCACUGCAAGGGCAUGCGGGGCAGCGUCGCUGGUCGCUGUCCCCUCCAAGCUGAAGGUGCAGCGGUUGUGGGGCUGUGCUGGUCAGGCUGUGGGAUCCGUCCACUGGGGUCUCGGUGAAAGCAGGAGGCGGCAGGGAUGGCAGGGGCCUUGCAGCAUCUGCCCCGGGGGUCUUGGCCACAGACCAGCGCUCCCCGCCCCCCAAGCAUGUGCCUGGGAGCUGCAUGCACCUGGCCCCGAGCCACGCUGCGUGGGCUGCAGGGCUCUCCGUGGACUCCACCCCCCGCAGCUGCGUCUGGAGGAAGCCGUGGCUUCCUCAGCACCCCCACCCCACUUUGUGCCGCCUCUGACUCGGUGCGUUGGCAACCAAAAAUCCCUGCAGGAGACUUGAACCCCCGGCCCGCGUGUGCGUGUGCGCGUGCCCCUGCCUCCGGCAUUCCUGGUUCUCGCACUGGAGCCCCUGGGCCCAGCGGGUGUUGGUGCUCCGGCUUUGCCUCCCCGGCCCCCUCCCCAGUGCAGCUGGUAUCUGGGCAGGCCAGCAGCCCGGACCGGGCGUGUGGCGGGAUUGCAGCCGGCCCCAUCCGUGGCUUGCGCCGCCUGAGCCGGGCAGGGUUGGGGCAGUGCCGUGGGCCAGCGCUCUCUGCCCCAGCACGUGGGCAGUGGAGCCUGGAUGGCCACGGCAGGGGCUCAGCACCGUGGCCACCAGCUGCUGGCACGCGUCUCGUCUCAUCUCCACCCGGCGCGGCGCCACUGACUCCAGCCUCAGGCACCCUCGUGCCUGGGGCUGAUCCAGUGGGGUCACAGGGGUCCCGUCCAUGAUGUGGGUGGGUGCUGGGGAGAUGCAGGAGCCUGGCAGCUGUGGGGAGAAGAGCAGGAGCCCAAGGGCAUUGCACUCAGGCUCUGAAACAAAAGGCCACUUUAGGAAGUAAGCUGGUGCCAGCACCACAGCCCCAACCCUCCCCGCGCCCGGGACGAGGCCCCUUGGUGUGAGUGGGGUGGUGGCAGCUGCCUGCCAGGCCCCCGCCCGGCUUCUGCGCUGUCGCGUUUCCUCAUUCCUUGUUUCACGCACAAAUAAACUGUGACUACUUUGGUGCAGGCAACGUGAGGUCUGUGGCACGGAGGUAUUCUCGGUGCAGUUUGAGGCCAGCUACACUGAGCAUGCAACCCGGGGACCCCACUGAGCUGGUGCACCGCACCCACAGCCUGGUUCCCCUCGACUGGCCUCCUCCCUCUGCACCAGAUCCCUCCGCUCCACCCACCCGAGCCGCCGCAUGGGGAGCUGGCUCGGGCCAGGCAGCUGCUGGAUGGAGCACGAGUCUGAACCGGGAGCAUGGGGCCCAAGCCAAGAUCUCCCUCCCUGGCAGAGCUGGGACCCUGUCUGCCCGAAGGGGUGCCCAGGAGGGGGGCAGCCGGCUGCCAGGGAGCGAGACAGGAGGUGGCUUGUGCCCAAGCUGCAGCUCAGCGAGGGCAGCUGGGCAGGGAUCCGUGGUCAGGGGCUCCCUCGGAGCUGCCCCGGCUGGAAGAGGCGAGGCAUGGUGCUGGCAAGAGCAGCUUUGACUCCCAGCCCCAGAGCCCGAACGGGCCCCUGAGACGCACCCCUGUGCCCACCCUGCUGGCCGAGCCCCGGGAGCCGGGCUCUGCCCUGAGUCAGGCACCGGGAAGGAGGGCGCGGGCCCAUCACCCUGGCCGUGGGGUGGUGCAGCGCUGGCGUCCACAGCAGAGGUGGUGCGGGGCAGGGGCUGGUGCCCGGGGGAGGCACCAGGGUGGGGGCCGUGCCAUUGGAGCCGGUCGUUCUGUGCUGCGGGAUUUGGGAGCAGAGCACGGUGGCUGGGCCGUCGGGAGCGAGGGACGGGGCAGGCGGGGGCGCAGUGUGGCCAGGACACGUUCUCCUGCCUGGCAGAGGCAUCGCCACAGCCCCAGUGCAGAGGGUGUCGGCUCCCGCUUGGUGCAGCCAGUGGGUCAGGACUGGGCCUCUUUGCCCCGGAAGUCGGAGGGGAGGUUGUGCAGCAGAGGCGUCCGGUCUGUGGCAGCCCCAGGCCCUGCUCCAAGUCGGGCGCGCAGGAUGAGGAGCUGGAAGCGCUGGGCACCUCAGGGCAGCUUGGUGAAUGUGCGCGCGCGGGUGGAGGGUGGGCGCAGGUGCGGCUGGACGCAAGCAGAUCCUGACGCCAUCCAGCCAUUGCACCGGGUUGGUGCAGCGCGUCUGCAAUGGGGCAGCCUCUUGGGGCCGCUCCCAGGCACGCGCGGCCUCUUAGCAGAGCUUCGUGCGUCUGGGAGCAGCCCUGAGCUGCCCCUGCACCCCCGCCGGCCAGCAUGGGGGCACAGUACCCGCCGUUCACCCUCGUGUCUGCGCCGCCCCGGCACCAUGCCCCUGGUACGAGCUUCCCUAGCGUAGACGAGGCCCCGCUGCGCUCAAGCCCCAGAGAAGCGGUGACUGUGGGGCCGUGACACCAGCCCUCCAUGGUGUCGGUUGGCAGCGAGCGUGGGCUCCCUGCUCACCGGUUCUGGAGGGACGCUGCCCUGGAGGCUGACACGUGCCUGUGCCCGUGCCCAGGCCUUGCGGUGCUCCAUGCCUCCCGGUGCCGGCGGUCCCUGCAGGAGUGAAUCUACCUCGUAGGGAAACCUCGGCAUUCGCGUCGCUGUCGUGUUCCUAGGACAUGUUUAAUCUGUGUUUGCCCUUGGCGGAGCCCUCGGGCGCUCCUGGUGCUAUUGUAGACUUUUGGCAGCUCUGUGUGUUGUCCCCCCACCCCCUGCCGGCUCGGGGUGUGGGUCCCUCACAAGCCGAAUCUCCCCUCCUCUGAGCCCGGGGAGACCCUGCUCCUCUGCCGCCAGGCGCUUGGAAGCUCCCUCGCCUGGGGCAGGGCUGAGCAGGCCCCGCGGGGCUCCUCGGUCUGGUGGUGCCUCCUGAGCGCUGACCCAGGGGAACCGAGCCUUGGACUUUGACCUUGGCACUGGGGAACAGCCUCGUGCCGGGGUGGGCUGGAGCCGUGGCACCCGUUGGCCUGAGCACUGGCAAGACGGGGCCGGUGGCAGAAGGGUGCGGCAGCCUGUCCUGCGCCGGCCCCCCGGGAAGGCGAGAACAGGGUGGGAGUCGCACCUGCUUUGGGAACAGCUGCGGCCCUCUGGCGCAGUCCCUGCACCCGCUCCUGCCCGGGCUCGUCCCUCCCCUCCCCUCCCCUGGACUGGUGCAGCUGGAGCAGGGCCCGGGAGGAGCCCUAGCAGCUGCAGACGAGGGAAAUGGAGCUGGGGUUUGCUGCUGCUGCCUCCGGGGCCCUUCCUGUGGCUCCAGGCUCCGGCUGGUGCCCUUGCCCAAGGCCAUGCCAGGGUCCUGCUCCGGGGCUCGGCUCUGGGUCACAGGAGGCAGCAAGGGCCGUAAGCUUUAGUCUGGACAGCACCCAGGUGCAAGUGAAGCGUUACCUGCGUCACAGCGGGGCCUAGCUGGGUGGGGCUGGUCCAGGCGGCACAGGCACCUUGGGGACCGAUGCAGGCAACACUGGAAGGGGGCCAGCAGGGGGACGGGAGCGGUGACUGCAGGAGGGACCAGGCGCAGCCACCCAGCGCCUCGAGGCACGCGGGGAGGUGGAUGCAGCACAUAGACACCCGCACCGCUUGGCCUGGGGAGAGCGGCGUGGCCGGCGCGUGCAGCGAGAGGGGGGAAUCUGGGGCCACGGCCUUCCUCUCGCCCCGGGCUGCGUGUGAUGGGCAGAGGGUGGCCCUGCCAGGUGCUCCCAGAACACGUACUGUAAUUCUCUGUACAUAGACGAACGAUUACUGUAAAGUAAAGUUUAACUUUACUCCCGA